GCUCCAGACCCCAACAACUUCGACGACUCUGGGCCAAAGCAUAUAGGCGGUUCUUCUGCAAAGACGAUUGACUGGGACAACGAGGAGCACUGCCGGUGCAUCGCCGAUUGCCUUGUAAAAGGCACUUACGUCAUGUGCGGGGCGAGAGAAGAACUUGCGCCGGCGUGGUCGGAAAACUUCCAUUUCCGGCUCAAGAGAAGCCCUCACCGUCACUGAUGACCGACGCACCCCGACGCACCCCGACACCCGUCCGCUCAUCUUUGGUGCCAUCUACGAGCGCAUGCCCGACGCACCCCGACACCCGUCUGCUCCUCACUAUAUCGUCGCCUUCCGGGGCACCAAGCUGAAGCACGCCAAGAUGGCAGCCAAGAUGCAAGACCUCGACGAUGACUUCCAUAUAUUGGUGAACACCCUGCGGGACACGAAGCGGUACCGACGCGCACGCGAAGCGGUCGACGAGCUCCUAAACGUCAAUAAGGACGAAGCUAACCCUGAUAGCAGCUGCGUCGUGUGGCUCGCCGGGCACUCUCUGGGGGCGGCUGUGGCGCUGGAAUUGGGGCGGGCCAUGAUGUUGGAGCGGGUCGAUGAUCAGCGGAACCUCCCGACCUUCCUCUUCAACCUACCACGGGUGUCAUUGGCAUCGCUGGUCGACAUGCUGCUCCGUAAAGACAAGAGGGACGCCCUUUACGCCGCGAGUAACACGGUGAAGGUCGGCGUCGUGUCGGUCCUCAGUGAGCACCAGAAACGCAUGGAGAAAAUCUUCGAGCGGCUGGCCAGGUGGGUCCCGAAUCUGUACGUGCACGAGAAGGACCCCAUCUCCAACGGCCUCAUUGGUCACUUUGGGCGGCCGCAGCAGCUCCGCGAGUGGUGCUGCCCCGAUAUCGUCGCCAAGGCAGGGAUGCAACUGUCGCACCGUGACAUGUUCAGCUCGUUGUUUGGCCAGGAGAAGAUGCAGCCGUGCCUCCUGCCGUCGGUGAUGUUAUGGAUAAACUCGAGCGUCGACGAGCAGGCGGGCAACUGGUUCGACCUGCGGUUGGCGGCACACAAGCUCCAGCAGUGGUGGAAACCGAACAGCGAGCUCGAGCAGGCGGUCAACUUGUUCGUCCAGUGGUUCGACCAGCGGUCGGCGGCACACGAGCUCCAGCAGUGGUGGAAACCGAACAGCGAGCUCAGUUUGAGCCCCAGGCGACAUAUCUUUUUUGAGGAUAUGCACGGCACGGAUACGGGAUACGGACACCGUGACACCACAAUUUCUCAAAAACCCUGAUACGGGGAUACGUGCAUAAACUUCGUAUUUCUAUGCCAGUGGUUGUUCUGGUGACCAGAUGAUUGAAGAGGAGUCUUCAAAG